GUGGCCCGUUAUCUCUAUUUUCUAUUGUUUCUGGGUGUUUGCCGGGUCUUUACUGCAUGAUAUAAAUCACGAGUGUGCGAUUUUCUGGACCCUUGCGCAAAGAUAAGCACCAUCACAUGCCAUUUGCAGCAGACUUUCAUGGCUUAUCGACAACACACCACAUAAUUUUUAUUUGCUGUCGGCCGAUAAGAACUCUAGUGUGACAUUAGGAGAUGGAUUUGCUAGAAGAAAAGAAGACGCUUCCCCCGGGAAAGGUUUAGUAUAAAUCAACAUUCUGUCAAACACCUGUUGUCUCGACAAUCAUAUCACAUCAGUAAACUCUCACAUUUGCUACCGUCUAGUCGCAACCACGGAUCUCUUCUUUCCAUUCCAAGACCACGAAUUCAUUAUGCUUCAUUUACCAUACCCAUUCCCGGUUGCUACUCGGAAUAUGGAAUACAAACCUCUCCCAGAAAACUCUACCACAGAGAAGUCCGAGUCCUCCAAUACCAUGCAGCCACCCGACACGGUCGAUAUCGAGAAAAAUGCCGAAAUUUCGUCGUCUGGAUAUGGCACAAUCCCACCAUAUACAAACAAAGAAGGCGUGUUGAGAGCCCCACAGAAACAAGAUGGCCGAGGUGUUUGGAUCAAUUUUGUGCAGAGCCUGGUGGCUGUUGGGAUGUUCACUGCUAUGGCGGUGACUCUAGUCCUAGUGAUUUUGUAGAUGGUUGGAUUCUUCGCUUAAGCUUUUGGUAGAUGACGGAUUUAGAAUGGCGAUACGAUUCAGCAUUGCUAGUGUGUUUAGGAGCAAGGUAGCAUCGGGUUUCUGGACUGGAGCUGGGAUUUUCGUCGCAUGUUUUGCAGUGUGGUCGAGCAUGCGUUACGAAUAAUGACUCUAGAUACCUUUUGAGAUUUGGAAUAAACAGUUUGAUACCCUUUACCA